ACAUGCACACUCACUCUCUCUUCAAAAGGAGUGAGUGGGUGAGUCCAAGAGGCCUCAUCGCCAUGGCUUCCUCUAACUCUCGAGUCGUCUUCAUCGGCUCCAUGCUCCUUGUCUCCUCCCUUCUCCUCCCCCUCACCUCCGACGGCGCCGCUACUUGCCCUCCCUCCUCCAAACCUAAAUAUCCGAAGCCUCCUAGACACCCCCAUAAGCCCCCCAAAACCAAACCCCCGGUCAUCGGAAAACCGCCCUAUGUCCACCCUCCCAUCGGAAAACCACCCAUCACCAUCCCUCCGGUGAUCGGAAAACCACCUGUCACGGUGCCUCCGGUGAUAGGAAAACCACCCAUCACUGUCCCACCGGUGAUCGGAAAUCCACCCGUGACGGUGCCUCCGGUGAUAGGAAAUCCACCAGUCACGGUGCCACCGGUGAUCGGAUACCCACCGAUAACCGGUCCCCCGGUGAUCCAACCGCCUCCGGUAGGCGGAAGAACACCUUGCCCACCGCCGCCGCCCUUGCUUCCACCUGCGAACCCGCCCCCGGCGAGCUGCCCGGCGGACAGCCUCAAGAUCGGGGCGUGCGUGGACCUGCUCGGCGGCCUGGUCCACAUCGGCCUCGGCGACCCGGUGGCCAACCAGUGCUGCCCGCUGCUGCAGGGGCUGGUGGAGCUGGAGGCCGCCGUCUGCCUCUGCACCACCAUCAAGCUCAAGCUCCUCAACAUCAACAUCUACCUCCCCCUCGCCCUCCAGCUCCUCCUCACCUGCGGCAAAGCCCCGCCGCCCGGCUACACCUGCUCCCUCUAGCCCCCCUCCCACAACCCUAACCCUAAUCCCACAUAUCCAUUGAUCCUCCUCCUCCUCAUCAUUAGAGUAGUGUAGUACUUCUUAAUUAAUUAAUGAUCAUUAAGCUAGGAAUGCCUGCAUUGUUUCUUCGCAUUAUAUUGUUGGCUUGAUCAGUAGUGUGAGUGUGAGAGUGGCUGUGAGUCCGUGAGUGAGUGUGUUAUGGUGAUCUCAUCGAGUGUGUGGGAAUUAAUAAACUAAGUGUUCAUUUCAGCAA